AUGGCCGAUCAGGAUGUGGACAAUUAUUUCAUGCUCCUGGAGAACUUUGAGCAAGAGGAUGGAGAGGCACCCGCUGACGGCGCAGCUGAGGGCGCUGAGGGUGAGGAAGAGCUUGGCUGGGCAGUGGACACCAACGCCGAGGGUGAGGACGGCAUGGGCGAGACGGACUUCGAGGACUACGCCGCCGACCUGGCCCAGCAGACAGCCUUGCAGCUCGAGGCGGAGGUGGAUGCAGCCGCUGAGGCAGCGCUGGCCGCAGAGGCCGCGCUGGCAGAAGAGGCUGCGCUGGCAGCGGCGGCCUUUGGGGUGGAAGACGAGGUGCCCGACUUCGACAUGGGUGAAUUCGUGCCGGAGAACGGGAAUUUCGUGAACGACCCCGGUCUCAUGCAGGAUGCGGAGGAGCUCCUUGAGGAGUUAGUGGAGGAGGCGGAAGAAGAUGAAGCGGAACAGGACGCAAAAGGGGCUUGCAAGCAGUGGAAAUACGAAACUGACGUGAUGCUAGCAGGUGUUCUUUUUGAGGCCCAACGGAAGCGGCUUGGACGCAUCGGUCGCAUUGCUGGAGCAAGGAAGCGCCGGAGAGAGGAUGUAGAUGACCAGGUCCGGAUGCAGCCAGACACCUUCAAGCGCCAUGAGGAGAACGUGGAGGAGAAAGACCUGGGCACCAUCACACCGGCUGCUUUGCUGGAGAAGUUGCGGUGCCUCGAUCCGGGGAUCGGCACCGAUGACCCCUACGUCGGUUUGGAUGGAGAUUUGGAGAGAGAAGCCUUGGAAGAGGAUUUCCAGUUGACCAAGGAUCUCUACUCUCAGAAGGCUUUGGAUGAGGGCCUGAAGCCCAUGCAGGAGGCGGUGAAGCGUGUGCAGAGCAGGGUGACCUUCCCAGCCAACACCUCCUUGGUGGCCACGGCACCAUUAUGUUAG